AUGACAAUCAAUUCUGUAACACGAGUCUGUGAAACACAACAACAGUUUGAACCAUGCUCAUACUUUGUCCCACUUAACCAGGUUUUGGGUCUUGUUGGCAGAUCCGAUCGAAUAGAUAUCAUUGGAAUUGCUAUUCACAUACAUGAUACAGAAACCAUUCGCUCUAAGAAAUCUGGGCUGCCUAAUGACGUGCGUAGGAUUGAGAUAAUGGAUUCCAACAUGAACCGUAUUAAAUUAUCAAUGUGGAAUAGUUUGAUUACACAUGAAGCUGUUGUUGUUGCUGACAUUAUAGACACAAUGUCUGUAAUAGAAGUUUCUCGCGUCAAAGCAUCAACUUUCGAUGAGGGUUCAUUCAACACAACCUUCGCUUCUACAAUGAAAAUUAACCCAAGUAAUCCGGAAGCACAACUUCCGCGAGAUUGGGCGGAAAAUAAUAAGGAUGAAAUUCGAAUCCUUAAAAAUUCAUUCGCAGCCGCAGCAACAGAAAGCUCGCAGCAACCUGAAUUAAUGAUUCCAGUUUCACAAUUAUCUGAACAAGAGUCUGGAAAAACACUGCGGAUCGUUGGAUGCGUUAUUGACAUCACAAACAAAAACAAUAUAGUAUACAAUGCCUGCAAUGUCUGUAGCAAACGAUGUGACGUUGAAAAGGGAUCGGUAUUUAACUGUCGUGCAUUUAGCUCCCCGCAUGUAGGAACGUCCGAACCAUGUGGCGACAUACCGAUUACACUUUUUGGUCAUCUUGCUGAACAACUGAUAAAUGAUGAUGCUAAUCACAUAGCUACGCUGACACUACAAGAAUGGAGAUCUCUUGUAGACAGCUGCAUUGCAGCGUUGAAAGACAGGGAGCUUAGCAUGGAGAUAACCACGUACAUGUUGGGAAAAGGAUUUCAACAUCUCCGCUGA